AUGAAGCUUGCAUGGGCGGUGAGCGCCGCAAUGUGCGUGCUUAUCUCGACCCUCUCCCAGGUCAGAGCGCAGAACUGUGGACCUCGUAUCCGAAAGGACUGGGAUGCCUUGACGACGGCUGAGAAAGACACGUACAAGGGAGCACUGGCUGCCGCCAUGGAUUCUGGAGCGUACAUCAAGUUCAUCGAGAUGCACACGGACAUGCAGUCGGACAUGCAUGCCCACCGUCAGUGUAUGUUCAUCUACUGGCAUCGCUUGCUGCUCGUUGUCUUUGAGAACAUGCUUCGUGGACAAGGUCCGCAGUUCGCUUGCGUCACGGUGCCGUACUACAACUGGAUGGCAGCCAACAACCGCGUGCUUGCUGGAACGUGCAGUUCAUUGGGAGACUGUUCGAACAUCAUGAGUGAUCUUGGAGGUUCAGUCGGACGACGGCAACGAGUCAGCAUCAAUGGGGUCGCUACCUCAGGGAGCUGUGUCAGUGAGGCACCUUUGGAUCACUUUUGCCAAUCUGGAGCUGUCUCGGGCUCGGAAUGCGUCGGUUGUGUUCCUCGGGGCGAUUGGGGAGCGGCCCCGGUUCCUGCAAGCACGAGCUAUGCAUCCAUCCGCCAGCAGUUGUUCAACGGCCGAAACAUCGGGCAGAUGUCGCCCCUGAUCGAGCAGGGCUGUCACAACCAAAUCCACUCAAGUUUGUCCGGCGCUGUUCAGACGCUUGCUUCUCCAGCAGACCCGAUCUUCUGGUCGCACCACUCAAUGGUCGAUGCCCUUCACACCAUCUUCCACAAGUGUCGUGUCGGAAACCAGCGCAUGACAUUUGCUCAGAAAUCCACCCAUCCUGUUGCCUGGACUUCGUGCUCGAAGCGGGGUGGCGGCAACUUUAACCCGUCCGAACUAAUCGUCAUGCGCACGGGUAUCAAUGGCGUGAACCCGAUCCAAGGCAACCGAGACCCGGUCAUCGGUCGAUACUUUGCCGGCGUUCCUGAUCAGUACGCUGGACUCAUGGAUGGACGUGACCUGGGCGCUAGUAGCUACUCGUACGAGCUCAGCGGUCAGCUCGCUGACCUGUUCACUAACUGCGAUGGCACACCGAGUCCGGAACCACAAGCAGCAACUCUAGUCACCCCGCCACUAGCUUCGGAACCUGUCGCCACGCCACCUGCUCCUGUUGCCCCUCCCCCACCCUCAGUUCCGGUGCCUGUCAAUGCCCCUCCUGCUCCUUUACCAGUCAAUGCUCCUCCAGCCCCAGUACCGGUCGUCGCUCCUCCAGCCCCUGUACCGGUCAUCGCUCCUCUUACUUCUGUACCGGUCAACGCUCCUCCUGCCCGGGUGCCCGUCAAUGCCCCUCCCGCCCCUGUACCAGCUCCGAUCGCACCCAUUGCGCCGCCGGCCGCACCUCAACGACCUCGUCAACGCGAUCCGUGGGACUGGCUUCGGAACUUCAGACGUCGCGGUGACCGCAGACUCGAAGUGGAGCAUGAGGUUGACAGCUCGUUGGGCAAAGUUGACAAUGUCAAGGUUCAUGGAGCGUGCGGUGGUCGCGCGAACGCUCACGUCAAAAAGGUCUUGUCAAGCACCAAUGCUCCGGCAGUGGUCGCUGUGGAAGCAUCUCCAGCAACCGACAGCCAACACGAAAUCAGCCCAAGGGACAUGGUGGAUGUGGUGCUGGUGGACAAGAUUCGUGUCGAAGAGAAGCAGGUUUCAACCUGGUAUGAAAAGACGACGGCGGCUAUGGGUGGACAUGGUCCUGAGGUCACAGCGGACCUCGAGCGACAAGUUUGCAUGUUUGAAAACCAAUGUCUUGGUGGCACGCCGGACUACUCGGACGAGUUCAAAGCUACGUGGGGCGUGAAGGCACCGCGGUGUUUGCUCAUCGUUCAAGAGAUUGAGAGUGGGAAGCAGGCGAUUGCAUAUGGAAAGUGGCGCGAGGACAUGGAGUCCCGUUUCGGCUGUCCUAAGCCUGCGAAUGUAACGCAGUCCACCAACGAGACGGAUGUCUUCGUAGGCAGUGCGGAGCAGUCUGUUCCGGACAUGCUUUCGAGUGUUGAGCAGUCGAUCUAG